AUGGCAUCCACUUCCACCUCGCCUUUGGCUGCUGCCGCUGCUCCUCCACGCCCGUCUCGCAAGAAGUCUACCAGCACAAUCACACACGCCGUAUCCGACCAUAUUGCUGCCGAUGCAGCCGCGGCAUCUGCAGACGGCACCACUGCCCCACAGUCUAAUGGAGUAGACGAAAACCAAGCCCCUUCUGCGCCCAAGGCCAAGAGAGCUCGCAAGUCCAAAGCAGCAGCGGCACCAGCUCCCGAUGGGAACGGCACGGAUGCAGCUGGUCCUCUGGGAGAUGCUACCAAUGACACUCCUGCUCCAGCCAAGCGUGGUGCGAAGCGCAAGGCAGCGUCAAAAGCGACGGCCGCCAUCAAGGAGGUAGACCAGGACGAUGCCGCUGACGCAUCUGCCGACGUCACCGCCGAGUCCGUGGAGCAGGACGGCGAGCCGGAGCUAGACUCGGAUGGGGAGCCUGUACGGAGGGCCAAGAAUGGUCGAAAGCUGCCAAAGAAGAAGGCCAAGAAGCCAAAGGUGUACGUGAUACCCGAUGUGCCCAAGCGGGACUUUCGGCAAGAGUACAGACCCGACAGUACCGACGACUUCUCCUCUCAAGCUGCUAGAAGCCAAGGCUUCGUGGGCAGGAUAGGCUAUGCCUGUCUCAAUACAGUCCUUCGCACUGCGGAUCCUCCAGUCUUCUCCUCUCGUACAGCCCGUAUCAAGUCAAUUGACGAAAAGGGACUGGAUUGGGUCAAAGAGCUCGCCUUGCAAAACUGCAGAGACAUCAUUCCCAUGCUGCAAUGGAAUGCAGAACACAACAUCCGCUUCAUGCGUCUAUCCAGCGAGAUCUUUCCCUUUGCCUCGCACAAGGUCUAUGGCUACGAUCUCGACUUUGCAAAGGAAGAGUUGGCAGAGGCUGGGCGUGUAGCUCGAAGCCUAGGCCACAGGGUCACUGCACACCCCGGUCAAUUUUGCCAGCUCGGCUCGCCCAACCCAGAGGUGGUGACGGCUUCUAUUCGGGAGCUUGAAGUGCACUGCGCCGUCUUCGACUUGAUGGGCAUGGACCAAGACUCGGUCAUGAUUAUCCAUGGUGGCGGUGUCUACCAGGACAGGCCCGCCACACUGGAGCGCAUGAGGGAUACGAUUCGCAACAAGCUCCCGCAGAAUGUCAGAAACCGCCUCGUUCUAGAGAAUGACGAGAUCAGCUGGUCGGCUGAGCAGCUGCUGCCCAUCUGCCACGAGUUUGAUAUCCCAAUGGUGUUUGAUUUCCAUCACGAUAUGCUCAGGCCGAGUGUCAAGAGUCCGCGGGAGUUGAUGCCAGAGUUGUUGGCGCUCUUCAAGAAGAGGAACAUCAGGCCAAAGUUCCAUCUCUCCCACCCCCGUCCCGGUUCCCGCAACCUGCGCGAGCGGCGAGCCCACUCGGAUCGCUGUACCUCUCUUCCCCUCGACUUGCCUCCCAACGCCGACAUCAUGAUCGAGGCCAAGGACAAGGAGCAAGCCGUUCUAGAGCUCUACCGCAUCUACGACCUCUUUCCUGUCGAGCACUCCAUCCUUCGCCCACCCGCCGACGAUAUCACCUCUGCCACUUCAGGACGACGCAAGACCCUCAAUGGCUCUGGCGGUGCUCGCGAUCAGGACACGCAGAGUGAGGGUGAAGACGAUGGUGGUCAAGACGAGGAUGGGAAAAAGGGCAAGUCUCCUCGCAAACCAACGGAGAAGCAGCUCGAAGCGGAAAAGGUCAAGAGGAGUAUUGAGCAUGCAAAGAAGAUUGCAGCGAAGCGUGGGUUGACCUACAAGGGACCCGAGUGGAUCGACCCGGGGAGCAAUGCACGUCGCUUGGAGCAAGGGCCUAUUCUCAGCACACAGGAGACGCUCGUGGUCAUGGAGGAAGAGGCUAGGCAGAUUAGAGAGGAGCUCAAGUUGAGACCGAGGGGAGAGCGCUCCGUUAGUGAGAUCAGGGACGCCAUCGAGGGAAAGAUCCGACCGAAUGGCGAGGUCAAGAGCGAGGCCGAAGGCGAGAGUGGCUCGCAGGAGAGUAGAGUGCCCAAGAGUGAGAUUAUGCAGGACAUGUCGGAACACAAGGUUCCUGGCGAAGAGGAAAAGGUCGUCUACCAGCCUACGACGCCGAAGAAGGAGAAUGGUGAGAAUGGCAGUCACCCCGUGAGGGGCGGCGUGAUGAUCCCCACCAGUGCAGAAAAUGUAGAGAGGGUGCUUUGA